AGUUUUAAACUGUCAAAUAAGAAGCUUCCAUUUUGCUGCAAAGUGCAAAAGCGUAAGAAAUUAUAAAAAUAAAACACUAAAUUGGGUGUUCCUGGUUUCUUUAAAAUACAACUACAGAGUUAAACAUAUACGCAGUUACAGCUUAAAAUGGCAGCAAGUGAUUCCGCAGCGGAUGAGUCAUUGUAUCCUAUAGCAGUACUCAUAGAUGAAUUAAAAAACGAUGAUGUCCAAUUGCGAUUGAAUUCAAUAAAGAAAUUGUCGACUAUCGCUCUUGCCCUGGGAGUGGAGAGAACAAGAUCAGAGCUCAUCCCAUUCCUUACAGAGACAAUCUAUGACGAAGAUGAGGUUCUUUUAGCACUCGCUGAGCAGUUAGGUAAUUUCAUCACCUUGGUUGGUGGUAGUGAAUUUGUUCACUGCCUUCUUCCACCCCUGGAGUCCCUCGCAGCUGUAGAGGAAACUGUUGUUCGUGACAAAGCUGUGGCAUCAUUGAGAGCUGUAGCCGCACAUCACACUCCACAGGCUCUGGAGCAACAUUUUGUACCUCUGGUACAGCGACUGGCUGGAGGGGAUUGGUUCACAUCACGGGCGUCAGCUUGUGGAUUAUUUAGUGUCUGCUAUCCAAGAGUGUCGGCGCCAGUAAAGGCAGAGCUCCGUGAACACUUCCGAACUCUCUGCCAGGAUGAUACGCCCAUGGUGCGCCGCGCCGCAGCCUUCAAGCUGGGCGAGUUCGCCAGGGUAGUGGAGGUGGAAUAUGUGAAGAGUGAUCUGAUUCCUAUGUUCGUGCUGUUGGCUCAGGAUGAACAGGACUCAGUCCGGUUACUGGCAGCCGAGGCAUGCGCUGCUGUUGCUGGUCUGCUGCCCCCCGAGGACAUGGAGCAACUGGUGAUGCCCACUGUGAGGACCAGAGCCGGGGACUCUUCUUGGAGAGUUCGCUACAUGGUAGCUGAUAAAUUCGUGGAGCUUCAACAAGCUGUUGGUCCGGAGCUUGCUCGCUCUGACUUAGCUCCCAUAUUCCAGGCUCUGUUGAAGGACACAGAGGCCGAAGUAAGAGCGGCAGCCGCAGGGAAGGUUAAAGAUUUCUGCAUGAAUUUGGAUAAGGCACACCAAGAACACAUAAUCAUGAACAUGAUUCUACCACAGAUCAAGGAUUUAGUAUGUGAUGCAAACCAACAUGUAAAGUCAGCUCUGGCAUCUGUCAUUAUGGGUCUCAGCCCGAUAGUCGGACGACAGAACACCAUUGAACACCUCCUACCACUAUUUCUCACACAACUCAAAGAUGAAUGCCCCGAAGUUAGACUGAAUAUAAUCUCAAACUUGGAAUGUGUUAAUGAAGUGAUCGGCAUCCAGCAGUUAGUGCAAUCCCUUCUACCUGCCAUUAUGGAACUUGCCGAAGAUACAAAAUGGAGGGUCCGUUUGGCUAUCAUUGAACAUAUGCCACUGCUUGCUGGACAGCUCGGUCAGGAGUUCUUUGACGAAAAGCUUACCGGAUUAUGCAUGUUCUGGCUUAUUGAUCAUGUUUAUGCCAUCCGUGAAGCGGCAACACUGAAUCUUAAAAAGUUAGUCGAACAAUACGGGCCAGCAUGGGCCGAAACCAAUGUCAUACCAAAAGUUCUAGCUAUGUCUCGUGAACAAAACUAUCUUCAUCGGAUGACUUAUUUAUUCUGUAUUAAUGUACUCUCUGAAGUCUGUGGCAAGGAUAUUACAACUAGAGUCCUCUUGCCAACUGUUUUGUCUAUGGCUGAUGACAAUGUGGCUAAUGUCAGAUUCAAUGUUGCCAAGACGCUACAAAAGAUGGCGCCCUACUUAGACCCAGCUGUUAUCCAACCACAAAUCAAGCCCGUUCUGGAGAAGUUGAAUGUUGAUCCUGAUGUAGAUGUCAAAUAUUUUGCUUCAGAAGCCAUCACUGGCAUUGCCGGUUAAGUCCACAGUAUUUGUAUUCCAAUUGUCUUAUUACGUAUAAGUGGUUCAUUCCAGUGUUGAGAUCCACGUUUAGACAGCGGCAUUUAUUUCGCAAUCUUAAAUUGUAAUUGUAAUGAAAUUAAAAAUAUAUAAAUCC